AUGAGUGGAAGGCAACUCCCGAAUCCUAUUUUAGGAACAGGCCUCAAUACUUAUCAAACUAGAAGUCCUUCAGUGAGUCAUUCGAACAUAUUCUAAUCCCCAGGGGAGAUAAGAGCUGAGUCUAAGGCUUACCAGCUACCAAGCAAUUUAUCCAAGAAUACUUAUCAAAUCAAUCAGACAGGAAGUGAAUAUUAAAAUAAUCAAAUGCUCAUUCCUAAUAGUAAUAUGGCGAGUAUGCUGCCUAAUAUCAGUUAAAAUCCUUAUUAAAUACCUUAGAAUCAAUACCUAAUUCAGUAGCAAGUAAAUAAUCCACUACUUGGAGGUGCUGUUGGAGUAGGCAGCAGAAGAGUGGACUUGAUGAAUCAACGAAAAAAAGAGAGGCUAAGGAAUGAUAUGAUCUCAUAACUCGGACAAUAGUACUCCUAGUAAAUUGAUUCAAUAGUAAACUAGUUUGCUGAUCAGGAGAUUCAGACUUUAAAGCCCUAUGAAGAAAUCCUCAAAUCAAUUAUAGGCAGGAUAUAAUAUUAAAAUCAACCUUAAACUUUAAAGCCCAUAGAUACAAGUUUUGAAUACAAGCAUCAAAAUUAAAAGAAUAACAUUAAUAAAUCAUUCAUGGAGGUUCCUUAAUAUAAGCCCCUAACAGAUGUAAAUAAGAUUCUAUUAAUGGUUCAUUUUUACAAGGAGAAUCUCCAAUCAAGAGACCCUUGCCUAUUAGACCAAAAGAAUGUAAAAUCAUUAUAUAAAGCUAAUAAACACAUAGAAAUCUUCAAUGAGUGGGCAGCAGUUAUUCAGCAGCAAGACAAGAUUGAAGAAUAAAAGAUUGCUCAAGAUUAAAUGAGACAUAAGAUUAGACAGUUUCAAUAUAAGAUGGAGUUGGAUCAGUAGAAUGCCAUGCAUUCUUAGCUAAAGAAGAAUAAUUAGACUUAUAAAGUUUAAACAGAGCAGGAAAUGCUGGACUAUUUGUCGAAAAGAGAUGAGGCUAAGCAAUUGGAGGAAGAGGGAAAGCGAUAGAAAGCUAAGUUGUAUGUGCAAGAAGGGAUUCACUUUAGCUUAGAUUAAAAGCGCAAAUCUGAGUUCUAAUAGAGAGAGAAACUUAGAUAGGAUUCAGACAACUAUAGAGAUCAGAUACUUAGACAGCAGCAAGAAUAAAGAGAGCGAUAAAUCAAUGAAAAACUUCAAAGGCAAAAUGAGUAGUUAUAGUAUUAAUAGGAAUUAUAGAACUAGGAACAAAUGAAAAAGCAAACACAUAUUAUGUAGAAACUUGAGGAUUAAAAGCUUACUCAGGAUUAUAAGAAUAAACUAGAGCAAGAGGAGUAAAACAGACAGUAAUACUUUGUGAAUCUGCAUCGAUUUCAAGAUAAAAAUGACUAGAAAUUAAAAGCUCUAAAUAACUAUCUUUCAGAAGAUCUUCAUUAAUUAGCUAAGAAAGAUGAAUAGAUAUAUCUAAAAGCAAUGCAAGAUAAAUUGUAGAAAGAUCAAUUGAUGGAUGAGGAAAGAUAAAGAGUGCUGGCGAAGAGUAAAUAGCAAAAUAUUUAAGGACUGAACAGCCAGCUUUAAGAAAAAUAAAUGUAAAAGAAUAUUCAGUAGCUGGAGAAUGUUAAGUAUGGAGAAGAAGUUAAGAAUCAACUAAUGAAUCAGUAGCAACUAGAAUAGAAACAUCAAGAAGAAUAAAAGUUAAAGUAAAGAGAGUAUUUAAAUCAACUUGGUUAGUAAUUAGAGGAGACUAGAACAAAGAGAAAGUAUGGUGCUCUAAUGACAGAGCAUGAAAGAAGGGUAAAUGAUAAGCAAAUAAAAGCCUAUGAAAAUAUGGAAACUCGUAACACUGAUGCCAAUUUAAGACCUUAUGACUAGUAAGUUUAGGAAAAAUAUCUGAAUAAACUGUUUUAAAAUCAAACGAUGAUGCCUUACGCUCUAGAUACUUCAUAGAACGGACAAGAUCAGAAGGUUUACUUCAAUAACUAGCUGAAUAGCAGCACUGUGGUUGGAUUAAAUUAGAAUAUAUCUCGAAAGAAUCAUGUCAAUAAAUCUACUCUUCAGAUAGGUGCAGAGAGUUAAUUAGGUAGUAUUAAUACAUCAAUUGAUGGUAACAUGCUUGAGCAAGUCAAGAGAAACAUGGAAAGACCUGAGGCUUUGAGAUUUAGAAAUAAUACUGGUAAUAAAGCUUAUGGAUUCGACUAAACUAUUUCUAAACAGUAAGUAAAACUUAGUUCUAAUUUAUUAUAGAGUUCCUAAUCAUAGAACAGUCAAUGCUGA